AUGUCGUUUUUCGAAACUCUAGAGGCACUCUUUGGAGUCCGGGAUUUAUACGAAGUAUUGCAUUUAACAAAAACAGCGUCUGAAUCCGAGAUAAAGCGAGCCUACCGUAAAAAGUCGCUUCAAGUUCAUCCAGAUCGAGCGAGCGAUGAAGAUAGAGAAGAAGCAACGAAGAGAUUUCAAUGUUUGGGUCAAGUUUACUCUGUUCUGUCCGAUCCAGACCGAAGGGCUGUUUAUGAUGAAAGCGGUGAAGUGGAAGACGAUAUCAUUGUACAAGAACGCGACUGGGAGGCUUACUGGAGGUUGCUGUUUAAGAAAAUUACCGUGGAGGAUAUUGCAGAAUUCGAGAAGCAAUACAAGGGCUCGGAAGAAGAGAUGAGCGACCUCAAAGCCGCCUAUUUAGACUAUGAAGGAGAUAUGGAUGCUAUCUUGGAGAAUGUUAUGUGUGCAACGGUAGAUGACGAUGAAAGGUUUAGAAAAAUCAUCAAGGAGCUUAUUUCGAAGGAAAAUCUUCCAAAAUUCCCAGCCUUUGUUAAUGAGGGUAAAAAGAAAAAGAGAGCUAGAAAAGAAAAAGUAAGUGAGCACCCUCCCCCCCCCGCCUUCCCGCCCCCUCCCUUCAAAAAACGUUACCCUGAUUAAGAGGAAAUACUCAUUUAAACCUUUGAUGUUGGUAGCCUGUGAACGCAGCCGUCUCUCCUCGUUCCUUGCCGCUAGAAAAGUUUCGCACAAGAGACGUCUGCGCCUCAGCGACAGAAAUUGCAUUGGGCUAUUGCAUUUAAUAUCCGCACCCCCCCCCCCCCUGGUUGAGAAACCAUGGAGUUAUCUAGGGGUAAGUUAUAAAAAUUGAGGAUUUCUUUAGGAGUAGAGUAAAAAAAUAUGGAAUUCUUUGGGGUUGAAGCUUUAAUUUCACAAAAUUCUUCAGGGUUAAGACCCAUAUUUUAUGGAAGUUUUCAGAGGUGAAUGCAAUUUUCGCCAAUCUUCAGGGAUCAGAAGAAAAAGUAAGUCCUCAACCGGGGGGGGGGCUGCCGAUAUUAAAUGCAAUAGCCCAUUUGGUGAUGAUACAGAUCAAUGUUUGCAUAAUUAAUCCCGUAGUCAUAGAGUUCCAAAUGUGAAUUUUUGCGAUUUUAUGUUACUCCUGGUUGAUUAUGAUAAAGUUUUGUGUUCUUCUGCGUACAAGGCCUGGCAAAAGUCAAAUGCUUCUUCUAAAAAAUGAUAUAUCCCACAAGUUUUGACUGUUUUGUAGUAGCCAUUGUGUUUACAUCUGACCUUUGUGGCUUUUUGUCUUUUUUUUUGUCAUUUGAAAAUAGUAGCAAAAACAAUAUAACUACUACAUUGACCAACCAGAGCUCCUGAUCAGAUUCCAGACAAAUUUUGCAUCAUCUGUGUGGAGUUUCUGUUGCUGAGGAGCAGACAUAUUUCCUUCGAAAUGUCCCUAGUAGGCUACAAUGUUAGCUUCUGUUAAAAUUUCCAAAUGUGGCAUAAUUUAAAGAUUAUCUUGUGAUAAUUUUUGACACAAGUUCCCCCUACCCCACCUCAUCUCAGAGAAGUUAGUAACUGGAUUAUUGAUUAUUGAGUUAUUGGAUUAUUUGAUAUAGCAGGUUAUAUUUACAAGGCAGCUUGAAUGCCAGUGUGGACCUGCUACAGCAAUACACAAAGAUAAACACACAUAUGUGUUGACCAAUGUAGACCACUCUAUGGGUGUAUACGUCCCCUUCUCUAUCAGUGAGGAUUCUGAUCCCUAAAAUGUGCAACCCCAUUCUAGUAACUCUAUUGAAAAUGUAACCCUAUUAUAGUCAAUCCAGUUGUGAAAAUGUGACCCCAUCCAGCGGCACACCCCCAUUAGCCUAUUUCUUGGAAGUAUCCCCCUCCCCCACCCCCCACCCGGCUGGGGUUUCAUCCUACGAGAGCUUGUAGGAUGAUAUUAGAAAAUGUAACUUAUCUUGAUUUUUAGUAACUCGUUAUCAGCAUCAUUAAAGCAAGGGAUGGCGCAGUGGUGAGAGUGCUCACCUCCCACCAAUGUGGCCUGGGUUCAAAUCCCGGAGUCGACGCCACAUGUGGGUUGAGUUUGUUGUUGGUUCUUUCCUUUGCUCCGAGAGGUUUUUCUCUGGGUACUCCAGUUUUCCCCUCUCCUCAAAAACUAGCAUUUCCAAAUUCCAAUUCGACCAGGAAUCAGGUAGAGGAAGGACCACUUUGUGGAUGUGCUACCGUCAAAUCAUUAUUAUCAUUAUUAUUAUUAAUCAUUAUUAAAAGCAGUUUGAAGAAUGUUGAUAUUAGUAAUUACCAAGAGGUAAAAAAGACUGUUUUUUCCCCUCAGGCUCAAAAAGAAGCUGCUGAAGCAGAGGAAAUGGCAAAGGAAUUUGGUCUUAAUGGCAACAGUUCAGAGGAUGGCUUAAGACAACUCAUACUGAAGCGACAAAGUGACAGGCAGGGAGCUUUAGAUGACAUGAUAGCAGGACUGGAAGCUAAAUAUUGCAAACCAAAGAAACCAAAAACAACUAAAGGAAAAAAGAAAUAAGUCUCACUAGGAACUUUUUUUCUGGAAACCAUACUUAGCAGUUUUCCUUUUCAAAAAAAAAAAAGAAAAAAGUUUUCCUUUUCAACUGUUUUUUCCUUUGGCACGCAUGUAUGCAAACAGUGCACAUCAGCUAACUUACUUACACUGUGUAUGUCUGGAAUGCUAGAGGCUGAGAUUUAAGGAGAAAGAAUACAGAUAUGGACUAAAACAGACUGAAAGUAAAAUAAUAUUUAAGGAAAAUCAAGAAGGAACUGGAAACUAUGUGUAUCUUUUCAGCAACGUUUCUCUAAGAGAUGUUAAAAAAUGAGUUAGUUAUGAAUGAUUAUGAUUUUUGAGAGAACUAUUUCCCAACAUUCAGUUGUUAAAUGAUGCUGUGUAUUGUUAAUG